AGUCUGCUCCGCCGGAAUGCAGGACCGAAGCUAAAAAUUCCUCCAAUCAUUCAAUGACUCUUUGUAGAAUUCCUGUGUUUUCUGGUCCAGUGAUUUGGACUGCGAUAGGAAUCAGUCCAGGCCUCUCUGAACAAGCCACUGUCGUGUCCCCUUUAAGCCUUUUGCCCUUUGUUAUCUGAGCUGCUCUGGACCAUCUAGGAAUCUGGAAUCUGGACCCUUGGCAGAUAGGGGGGCGUUCCUGGGGUAGGUCGUUAUCGUCAUGGGUUCUGAGAUAUGAGAAGAGUUUUCAUUCGUCCGUCUAUUCCUGAGUCGAUCCCGACCAAUGGCCUAUCAGGAGUGUUAAAAUUGCUUCUCAUAUUGACGUAUCAUGCCUAUAUGAUCGCCGUGCUUUUCCUGGUGUUUUCUAGGGAUCGCGGAAACGUGGGUUGCCACCCUGUCCCUGAUACUGCCCCUGGCCUCAGCAUUUACCAUACUUCCCCAGCAGUACUCCGUGGCUCCCAAUGCUGCCGGCGAAUCCUUUGCUCUGCAGUGGCUUACCUAUAUAGGAUAAAGGACGUCGUACUAAACACACGCUAUAUCAUAUCCAGUAAUAAUUGCCCGAGGGUCUUGGUUCCCGCUAUGUUUUCGCCUUAAACUUUAACUUUAAUCAAAGUUUGCGCCGGC